AUGAGGCUGGGAUUCAUCUGUGCUCUGCUUUCUCUCCUGGAAGGGCAAAGCUGGGCAGACCCCCGAGCCAUCGGGGCCGAGGAAUGCCGCCCCAACUCGCAGCCCUGGCAGGCUGGGCUCUUCUUCCUUACCCACCUCUUCUGCGGGGCGACCCUCAUCAGUGACCGUUGGCUGCUCACAGCUGCCCACUGCCGAAAGCCGUAUCUGUGGGUCCGACUUGGGGAGCACCACCUCUGGAAAUGGGAGGGUCCAGAGCAGCUGUUCCGGGCCACAGACUUCUUCCCUCACCCUGGGUUCAACCAGAACCUCAGUGCCCAAGACCACAAUGAUGACAUCAUGCUGAUUCGUCUGUCCAGGAAAGCAUUUCUGGGACCUGCCGUGCAGCCCCUCAACCUCAGCCUGACCUGCGUCUCCCCAGGCACCCAGUGCCUAAUCUCAGGCUGGGGGGCCACAUCCAGUACUAAGGCGCAGUACCCACUCACGCUGCAGUGUGCCAACAUCAGGAUCCUGGAGACCAAACUCUGCCGUCAGGCAUAUCCAGGCCACAUCUUCUACCACAUGCUCUGUGCCGGCCUUUGGGAGGGCGGCCGGGGCUCCUGCCAGGGUGACUCUGGGGGCCCCCUGGUUUGCAAUGGGACCCUGGCGGGUGUGGUGUCCGGGGGCUCGGAGCCCUGCUCCAGACCCCAGCGCCCUGCCGUCUAUACUAGUGUGUGCCAAUACCUGGACUGGAUUCGAAAAACCAUGGAGAACAACUGA